AUGAUGAACGACUAUGGAUUUAGUUACGCAAUCGUAUGGUCGGAAGACGUUUUCAAGAAAUUCGCGGCCACAUAUCAUAUCCUCCUGCAAGUGACUCUCUUCUUUCUCCUGGUGAUUCUUUUCCGAGAAGGGAAACCUGAGAUCAUCGAUUUGGCUAGCUUUCAGAUCUGGAAAGUAAGUUUCCGGUCGUUGAUGGGUCUCUUUGCUGCCAUGAAUGCGUCUACUUAUCUCACGUUUCGCAAUCUAUAUGCCUACUACGUGGCCACUACUGAUUCCACGCAGUUCUUUACUCCACACUAUAGGAUUCUCGAAGAGAUGGCUAUUUUCUUCGGGAUCUUGACGUUGGUAUGUUUCCUCAUGAACCUGUUUGGAUUCUGGGGUAUUGUAUGUCUACCACUUUCUCCUCCCGUCGUCUUUUUUGGUUUGGAAUAUGCUAAGCUCCCUUGA